GCUUCGAUUGGCCGGACGCUGACGCUAUUUGGCAAAAGGCGUUUGUGACGCGAGGAGACGUCCGAUCUUUGAAGAGACCGGGUAGGGGGUGGGGUGUCGCAUGACUGCGCGGUGGAGAGUGAGAGGCGGUGCUUAAGACAUCUUCGCCCGCCCCCCGCGUCUCUCUACUUGCCUUGCGCGAGCGAGCGAGCGAACGGACGAACGAACGAACGGACAGAGGCACUGCUGAAGCCCCUCCUCGAGCUCCUCCCACCUCCAGUCUCUUUUCCUUUCUGCCGUCAGUGCCGCGUUAGCAACAUCGCCAGCAGCCGCAGCAGCGAGAGCUCCUCCUUCUGCUCCGCGCACUCUCGCCUUGGUCUCUCGCCCUCUCUCUCCGGUUCCUCCGCGCGCUGUAUGGUCCAUCACCACCGCCCUGCUUCGGCACCACCUCUGCGGCCGACUCCACUUCCCUCCGGCUCAGCUCCUCCUGCCCUCGGCGGUGGCGCCCUCAGUACCCAGGCUGUAUGAUCAGGCUACAGUCUUCAAUGAGUAACCAUAUUCCUCAGUUCUGUGGUGUUCUUGGUCACACAUUUAUGGAGUUUCUGAAGGGCAGUGGGGAUUACUGCCAGGCACAGCACGGCCUCUAUGCAGACAAGUGAACUGUAGA